AUGACGGCGUCACCAUCGCUCGAUCCGAAACUUCGAAACCGUAUAACAAGAUAUUUACAUACUGGAAAUGAAGUUCCAAAGUACUAUCCUGGUUGCUGGACCUCUCAUUAUUUUGAGGCAGAUAAAUUGAAAGCUAUCGACGAAGCCCUAGAAAAUGGACAGAAUAAUAUUGAGGUUGUCGAAAUCAUUUUAAAGGCAUAUAAAGAUGGAUGGUAUACAAGAUUUGAAACUAUUGCAUUCGCAUUGACAAAAUGUCUCCUUAAUAGCUCUCCUGCUGUCAAAGAAGCAACAUAUAAAGCUGCUACUGAAAUAUGUAAUACUCCUGAAGAGAUGAUGCUAUUCAAUAAAUUCACGAGACUUUUACAAACUGGUAAUGGCCGUGGUUGGUGUAAGCAUGUAAAGGAAUGGUAUACUAGUAAAGAUCCAAUGGAAUUGGCAAAAGAAAUGUCAAGAGUGAAAGCAAGGCAUGGACGUUCUCAUAAGACACUUUUGCGGAAGUCACAUGUGAAAAUUGCAGAAAAUGACUAUGCUAGGGAUGCGGUGAUCAAGUAUGCUAUAUUUGGAUUGAAACGCGCUAAGCAAUUAUUAGGAAAUGCGGCAGGAACAGAAGAUAUAUUCAAUUACAUUCAGAAGGUCGAGGACUUACGCCAUUGUGAAGAUCCAGUAGCAGCCGCAGCUAUUGCAACUCAGAAUCAAUUCACAAUAGAUCAUGUGCCUGGGCAUUUGUUGACAGCGCAGGAGGUAUGGAAUGCCAUACUACCACAAUUCUCUUUAGGACAACUGUUGUACAAUAUCCAGCGUAUUCACAACAUGGGUUUCCUAAAUGCCGAUUCUAUCACCGCAGAUAUAAUAAUCUCCCUUCUAAACAGCCAAGAAUUGAUCAAAAAGUCCAAAGUUACUCCGAUUGAAGUUUAUAUCACUUUGUGCAAUUAUAAUAAAAAGACAAGACCGUUGAAAUACGAGAAAGCUAAAGUAGCUCUAGAGAAACAAACGCGCCGUCGCACUCGACAGAUCCUCGACACGAAGACCGGUCAGUGGGAAUGGACCGUCACCAGACGUCAUCCUAAAGAGAUUAAGUAUUGGGGUAUCGAUCAACCCCCAAACGCCGCCGUGAUAGCCGCUCUCAGUAAGCUGAUUGAUCAAACAUGGCUGCUUACUCCGCCUACUAACGCCCGUUAUCUCAUCACUUUGGAUAUGAGACACCAUAUGUUCAAGGGUCGUCAUUUCUGCAAAAACUACGUGAUUCCAAAGAAGGGCAAAAAGACUACAGCGAAAAGUUCGCCCGGAGCCGGCGGCGACGCAGACACUGAGAAACAAGAGAGCAAGAAACACCUACUGGCCGAGUGCUUUUAUAACAAAAAUGUCACUCCUGGCCAUGCUGCUAUAAUUCUGGCACUACAACUGUUGAAACGUGAGAAUAAUGUGAAGCUGGCUGUUUUUACCGAGGAGGGAAUAGACCUUGUCUCCAUUGAGCGCAAUUUCAGCAACAUUGAUGAAGCAGAAUUUGUUUUAAGGAAAGCAAAUCUAGGCCGUGUGCAACUGGACGCACCGAUCGAAUGGGCCUCAAAGAAGAAUCAGAAGUUCGAUGUUUUCAUAAAUAUGGUGGACCGGACCACUCGUUACAUGGAGCUGGACAUAUCGGCCCGCGGCGGCCGUGGACCAGGCGGCAGGUAUGGACCGCCGCCUUCACCGUCCAAGGAUAUCCCCGACCAUUGCCCUGUAAGGGCUCUUGAGCGUUACAGGAAAAAAGCCGUGCGUGAUGCUAAAUUGAUUGUAAUGUCACUGGCUUCUCUCCGAGUAUCAACAACCGAUGGCAGCCACGAGGGCGUUCUCGACAUCGUUGGAAUAGACGAACAUGUCCCCAAAGUAAUGGACGCAUUUGUCCUUGGCCAGUUCAAG